AUGAAUCUCUAUUCGACGAACAGCAUCAUUUCUUCCUUCUUUCUUCGGCAUCACUUCCCCAUUCGAUCGUUCCACAAUAGCAAAAUCAGCUUAUUCAAUCAACCUCCAGCGGUACGUGCAAGAGUGGAAACUGUACCUCAACCCAAGUGGACAUUGAACAGCACAGUCAGGGAAAUACUUCUAGAUGGAUUGAAUCUCCUGGAGACACCUAAACUCAAUGAUUUCCUCCGCAAUAAUGUGGGUGGCAGGGGUGUUGUUGAUUCCAAUGAGAAUGUUACCAUGGAAGUGUUUGUCAUAAAACCAGAUAUGUAUAUUCAGGAUAAAGAACUGAUAAGACUUAUUACUGCACUGCCCGCCUACGAGAGAAUAAAGGAAGAUAUGAAGUUAAAUAAUACUCUGAACGAGGUUGCAAACAAUCUUGAAGAAGCAGGGGUUUACUCUCUCCAGCAAUGGGAUGAAUUCACAGACAAGGAGAGGAUUCUUUUAAUGGCAAGGGGAAAGCUGGAUGCAGCUCUUAAUAUAGCAAAGGAAAAGGGGUUUGUUUCUCAGUUAGCUACAUCUGUGGUAAUGGAAGGUGCAUAUGAAUCUGUGUAUACUGCGACAUGGCACUAUGUGNGAGAAUGUUACCAUGGAGGCAUUUGUCAUAAAACCAGAUAUGUUUAUUCAAGAUGA